CUCAGCUGCGCAGCACCUGUUCUCGUCAUCUUGUUAGGUCACGUGAUUUUAAAGGCAACUUCAAGUAGGCGAAGGAACUUCAAGCGAUGCCAGUUAGGUAUAUACAUACUACAUACAUACGCAGGGCAGUGUAGUGUAUACUACGUUAAAGCGAAUUCGGCAUGGCUUAAGAAAGAAAAACGUAACCAAACCUAACAGACGAAAAAUACAAGAGGCUUUCUGGCUAAUAAAUCAUUUACUUGAUGAGGACUGAUGAGGACCAUUACUUGAUUAGCUGUCUGGAUUUUGUAUGGAAUCAUGUUCAACCAGAUUUGACGAUGUGUUUUAUCUGAUUAAAAAAUUAAAAAUUGAUUUGUUGAUGCACUGUGAAAAGUAUUUCAUAAAACAGCACACAUAAGAUUGUCAGAAACAUGGGUAUUCCAGGUUUAAUGACAUUUGUCAAUAACCGAUCAAAAUGGGUUAUGGAACCAUUUUAUUUACAUGACUCGUAUUUGGUUAUCGAUGGCAAUUCCAUCACAUCUCAAAUUUACAUUUACUAUACGAAAGGGAAUUGCGCAUUUGGGGGUGAUUAUGAUAAGUUUGCGCGUGCAGUUGGUAUAUUUUUUGAUCAACUCCUAGAAUGCGGAGUAAAGCCUUUAGUUUUGAUCGAUGGUGGAUGUGAGUUGAAAAAACGGAAUACUGGAAAGAAGCGCUUACUUGCAAAAAUUGAAACAGCAGGUACUUAUACCGCCCACAGCGACAACAAGUUUUUUCCACUUCUGCUAAAAGAAGUCUUCAAAGAUGUUAUGAAAGAGAAAGGUAUCAAAUUUGCACAGUCUCUAUUAGAAGCUGAUGACGAUAUCGCUGCAAUUUCAAAGAUAUUGAAUUGUCCGGUACUCAGUUUUGACUCUGAUUUUUUCAUUUAUGGAGUCCUUUAUAUACCAUUCAAUUCUUUACGUCACAAUGUACGAAAAAAUCCAGUAGGACAAGGGAACAUUAUGGAAUGUAAAAUUUAUAAAGUUGAGAAACUUUUGAAGCAUCUUAAUGGAAUACAUCAAUCCUUGUUACCAGUAGCUGCUGCGCUAUUGGGAAAUGAUUACAUAGAUUCAAGUUUUUUCAAAGAUUUCUUGUCUCAGAUAAAAUAUCCAAAAUCAGGUUCUCAAAAUGAACAACAACGGAAGAUCGAGGCAGUUUUUAACUGGCUACAUAAUCAUUCUUUAAACUCUGCAUUGGAAGGUAUAUUAAGAAAAUUACAAGAGCGUCAUCAUAAGAGAAUAUUGACAGCUAUAAGGCAAAUUAUAGAUGGCUAUACCAGCUUAUCACCGUGCAUGUUAAUACCGUUAGGAUUUUCCAAGGAGAACAUUUUGAAGAUACAAGCAGAAAAAACUAAGAAACCAUUUGAAUUUAAAGGAGACAUUGAAAAUCCAUCAUCUUCGAAUACAAUGUCAGGAGACAAUCCAGAAUUUGAUGAUCAUAAUAAGCAAGACAAUCAAGUACAAUAUAAACAAAGUGACCAAGAAAUAGUGGAUGAUGGUGGAACCGCUUAUGAAAAACGACUUAUUAAACUACUACCAACAUGGUUUAAGGAGGAAUUUUCUAUUGGAAAUUUUCCAUCUUAUUUCAUCGAUAUUCUGGGUGGAAAUUACUAUAUGUGCCCACCCCAGAUAGAAGACUAUAGCUAUCCAUCCGCUAAUGCAAUUAGUUUUAAAUUAAUUACUGUGAUUUAUAGUCUGCUAAAAUCUGAUGUCAAUAAAUCAAGAGAUUCUCUGAAACUUUAUAUUCGGGACCAGAGAAAAAACUUCAUUAUACAGGAGUUGGAAUAUUGUGAUCGUAUACUUCCAGGUAUUCGUCCUACAUUGAGCAAUUUAAGAGAACUGCCGUUGAGCAGGAGAAAGAAAAUUCUCGAAGAAACUUUAGGAAUAUUGGAUAGCACGAUUUUAAAUAACGUCCCAGAGAAAUGGAAGUUGUACUUGGGAACUGCAAAAUAUUGGUGUGACGAGGGACUUGGUGAAUUAUGUACAUAUGUUCACAUGUAUGCUUUAUUAUUUUGUAUGUUGUUUCAUAUUGUGGAUGAAAAAAUAGGGUUUCACCGAUCUGAAAGUUAUUUUAACAAAAAGUUUGGUCCGAUGGUUGAAUCGAUAUUGAAAACGAAAAAGGAAGGUGUUCGGCAAUCUUCUUCAAAUAAUGUUACAAUCAUAGAAGCAUAUGAAAAAGUUGCAGCCGAAGAUUGUUAUGUGAUUGUAUCAUUUUUCAUUUCUAAUUUCAACAUAACACCAGAUCUAUCCAGGAAUCCUAAGAUUUUCAAUCGAACAAUCGUUCAUGCAUUUGCACAAUUUCAAAGCUGUCUUCGUCAUAGCAUGCAGUUAAAUGCAUUAUUGGGGUAUCCUUAUAAACAAACAAAACCUGCUCAAUUAUUCAAUGGAACCCUGUUGUAUAAUUUAUACAAUAACUUCAAAAAACGCAAGAACAUUGAGGAUUACAUUUCAUUAGUACUUCAGCACUCUGAAAGUAUGUUACAACUUUAUAAUUGUCUUUUGAUGACUGGGAAAUCAUUAGUUCCAAAUUUAUUUAAUAAUGUUGGAACGGAAAAGAAAUUUAGAAACAAUAGAAAGCGGAAACAAAAUCCGGUAGAAAACGAAGAAGAAUGGAGCUAGAAUACAGUGCAAGUUACAGUGUAACCUGAACGUCAUUUUAUAAGAACAUGUACUUAUCCCGAUGUAACUAAUGGAUUUUCUCUACCAGUAAUGUUAAAAAGUAUUUUUUCUCUCAUCUUGUACAUUUAAAAAAUAAAACACAUGAUCAUAUUUGUUAUUUGAA